CACACAAUUCGAAAGACGUGCAGCAAGAAACACACCGCGUCACUGCGUAUCCGCGAUAGAACACACUCAUGCACACUCGGUCUGGUUUACCACUGGCUAAUAGUAGUAGUGACUGCGUUUUUGCGGGCUUACUCAUUCAUUCAGUCACUCACAAACCAGCUGCGAGAUAAGACGUGGAAACAUUACUAUCAUGAACAUUUAUAUCAGACGAUCAAACCUAGCAUUUGGAAAAGAUUAAAAAUUAUUGGACAGGAAUCAUCUUAAUUACUACAUACAUCCACCUUCGUGUACAGUUCAUAGAAGUUUACUUGGCGAUUUGCGCCAAUAAAAACAAUCCAACUUGAGAGAGCACGACGUUCUUGAACAAACGCCAAAAACAGACAACCAGCGGUCACAGAAUUGUCACUAUGUCGGAAACGCAAUCAUCUUCGAGAACACCGCCGCUGCCUCCCCUGAUCAAACUCGAGCCUGGUACGAUACAGACGUCAUCGAUUGCCUCAUCGACCUCAUACGAGACCGCCAUCGCUGUACAUAACAUAGAAAAAACAAACAUGGAUAUCUCGCAUUCAGACGUCAAGCCGAAUAUUCAGAUGCAGCACAUCAAACCGAAAGGCUUGGAGACCAACAUUACACUUUGGCAGUUUCUUCUUGAACUGCUGAUGGACAAAGCACGCCAGCACCUUAUCACCUGGACUGGAAACGAAGGAGAGUUCAAGCUCCUCAAUGCCGAGGAGGUUGCUAGACUGUGGGGCCUUCGGAAAAACAAGACCAACAUGAAUUACGACAAACUUAGUCGUGCGCUUCGCUACUACUACGACAAGAAUAUCAUCAAGAAAGUUAUGGGACAGAAAUUUGUCUAUAAGUUCGUUUCUUUUCCUGAGAUCGUCAAGACAGAAAACAAGAUUCCUUUCCGGGUGAAAAUGGAGAGCAUGGAUGUUCCAACAACGAGUCAGCGCCCUCGCAGUUACCCUAGUGUUAGCAGGAGCAAUAGCCCCAGUGUCAGUACCAGCGACGAGAAAGAAAAAGGGAGAUCCACACCUGCUAAGAGUCCACAAAGAUUACUACAUACUCCAAGUCCUGUACCAAGGUCACCACGUCCAUCUUCCACAGAGCUGAGAAUGCUUGCAAAGCAAGUAGAUAGAGAGAAAUUCCAGUGGACAUCGGCCUUACGCAGAGAAGGUGACGAUAUGCUGUCGAGACCACCUGUGACAGUCAAUGUUCAAGAUGUGUAUAUCACAGAAGCUAGGAUAAAUGGUGAAACCAAGUUAGUUAGCACUGGUGGUCGACCGAUUCCGAGCAGUACGUUGACAACUGCUUGUAGCGAUGGACGCACUGGCCAUCUCAGAGCUAAAUCCCCACUGGUCACUGGUUCAAGCUUGGGCAACAGGCCAAAACCUCUCCAACUUUCAGUUCCACUAACUAUCAAGGGUUCUGAAUCGUCAUCAUCAUCAUCGGGGAAAGCUGGAAGCAGUCCAUCUUACUUACACGCAUCAACGACGGGUGCCUUAUCUGCCGUAUCUGCUUAUGGCCCUCACACACCCGGCCUUCCUGGCACACCAAUCAUGGUCGCUAGUCCUCUUCUUGGUCAAAAUGGCACGCCGCUUGUGCCCAUCCACUUCUGGAGUACCUUAAGUCCACUUACCCUCAGCCCUUCGCUUAAUGGCAACACUUCCUUUCAGUUUCCCACCCUAGUCAGUAAUGGACUGAGUUCUCCUUUGACAGUAAAUGGUGUCCCAGUCACACCCACUGUUCUUUUGUCACCAGCAUCAACAAAACCAAUCUUUGUGUCAUAACAGGUACAAUUAUACAUAAACAUUGACUUCAUACUCGAACAGUUCAUUGGCCCGCCAUUUUGCGAACAGUUUUUACUUAGUUUUAAAAAUGCGUUUAUAUCUUGCUUGCAACACUGAAUAGUUUACUCAUCUUAACGCUUAAGGUCACAAUAUAUAAAGAACUGUAUUUUUUAAUAGAUGAAUAAAAAAAAACAUCUAUGAAAAUUUGCACCUUAUAGGAGUAGCAGAGAAACUGGAAAGUUUUACAGAGCAUCAUAACUGCACUAUAUCCUGCACGUGACACCAACACUCUAUCUGUUUUGUUUUAUGUUUCAAUAAAAUGGCGGGUCUGCGUGUACAGCUCAUCAAAAUACUUGCCUUGUUCAAUUUCAUCUAGCAUUGAUUGAGGAUCAGACUGUAAUGCCGAGAUACUCCGUAAUAUCUUUUGAAUUAAGGCUGUGCCUUAUUUAUAAAUGUUAAAGAACACUUAGAGUAAAUAUUCAACUGCUAUGUUUCUAUUUUUAUAUAAAAAGAGUGAUUUAUUUUUUUCUUGCUUUUACGUUUGAAAUGGCUCGAACUUUUCAUUUGAGAAGGUACAUCUCCUAAUUCUCAAAGUAUAACCAGAACAACUCCUUAUGCCAUACAGAUAUACUUUGGACCAAAUGCUUCUGUUUUGUUCAUGUGUACAGCAUUGCCACAUUAUGAUGAAAAAAAUAUUAUUUUGUAUACAUUGUACAAACUGGAUAAUUUAAUUUAUUUUGCUUCAAUUAAUCUAUAUUUGUUAUUUCUUAUGUGUAUUGUGUACAUACGGUUUUUCUGACUUUUGAUUGAGCGAGACGAUUUUCAGCAUUGACAUGGACAUGUAGAUCAGCCCGUUGACAUCUUUAACAAAGCCACUGCAUGAAUAGCAAAUUAUGCAUGAAAAAUAAAAAUAAUGUUUUCGUUAGAUCAAAAGUUCAAAUGAUUAGGUGCCUGCUGCCAACAUCGUCAUUUUUAAUAGCUCAAUCGCAGUAUCUAUUGUUGCAAGACAGGCAGGAUGUGUCCGAUUUUCCAUCGUUAUUACCAAAUUAUAACAAGCUUUAAACAACUCAACCGGUACAAGGUGAUUGCAUGAGACACUAAAUCCAUGUUGAGCCAUGAACCGAUAGGAGUGGUCCCCGUUAACAGCCCGUACACGCUAUUGGUGAUGAGGUGUACAGAAUCAGCUGCUCUCGGGUGGAGUACUACACUGUUAGGGUCUGUUAAGGUAAAUAACAAAGGAA